UCACCCUACACUAUAAAUGCAACUCGCGACGGGCGAACAUGGCUGCUGGUAAAUUGAAAAAAAUAGUAAAACUGAAAAAUAUAGUGCGGUCGGAGUGUGUUUGCAGCAGCGUGAAGCCCAAUGUUAAGUUAAAACAUUGACCGCCCACGCCCACCAACGACAAUUGCCGCGUUCUGGUAGAAUUCGCCACCGAGGCUGUGACCGCGUGUGUCAGUGUGCGAGAAAAAUCAAUGUGCGUGCGUGAGUGCGAGUGAGUGGGAAGCACUGCUGGCAAAAAGAAAUAGGCAAACGCUGCAGCAGAGCCCCUGCACCAAUACAAGCGCAAAUCGCCGUGGUAGCGCAGCAUCGAUUGUACGGUUUUAGAGAAAAAACAAAUCAAUUAGAAAAUGCAGAGCGCAUGAACUACUGUGGCAGUCCCACGAAAGCUGACUGCUGCCGCACCGGAAAGGGAAGGGAGCGAGAGGCGAGCGCAACCAUUGCCAAAGAUUAGUUACUUAGACUAGAUCGACCGAUCACAAAGCGUAUCACAAAUAACCAUUGUAUAAUGACAUCAAGGCUCGACCGUCUUUUCAUCCUACUUGAAUCCGGCUCUACAGCGGCCACACGACAGGCGGCCGCCAAACAGAUCGGCGAGGUCCAGAAGCUUUAUCCACAAGAACUACAUGCGCUGCUCAACCGGCUGGUGGGCUACCUCCACAGCUCAUCCUGGGAGACGCGCAUUGCGGCGGCCCAGACGGUUGAGGCUAUCCUGAAGCAGGUACCGCCCUGGCAGCCAGAACAGCAGCUGGUUCCGAAGAAGGAGCGCUCGGGCAACGAUGCCAACACCGCUGCCGUCGAAGAGGACAGCUGUCAAUCCAGUGGCUCCAGCUCGACGACGGCCAGCGAGCGGCUGCUGAGCUUUGACGAGUUCGACCUGCAGCACAUUUUGCACAAGGGAGCUCGCCUCAUCGGGUCCGAGGGCAACGAGUUUGAUGUCCAGGAAGAGCAGCCGGCCAGCGGCGGCGGAGCGGAGGAGCACAGUGUCGCCAGUCGCCUCAGUCGACAGCGGGCGGUGCUCAACGAUAAACUGGGUCUGACAACGGCCGCCAAGCUGGGCGUCAAUUUGACCGACAUGAUCACAGAUGAGGACGUGGCCCUGGCUAGGAGCGGCAGCAGCUACAAUGUGAAUGCCGAGAAAACGCCCGUGGAGCAAAUCCUGAACAUAAAAACAGCUGCCAAUGGGGCUGGUCAGGCGCAACUCAGCUGUAGGGAAAUGAACAGGGCCAAGCGCAAGGCCCGGCAGAAUACCACAGCCUCUGCCUCUGCCUCCUCGGUGGUCACGCCCACUUGCAGCCGGCGGAACUCAAAUAGCAACCACAGCACGGGCAGUAACCACAGCAACAACGGCGGACCCACAUCGGCCAUAUCUGCGCUGGAUGAACCAGAGAAGAAGAAACUAAAGGCGACGGAUCGUCAGGAAAUCUUCUAUAGUUUAAAUGCUGCUGUGCCAGAUGUCACGGGUACUUGGGUAGAUGCCGUAUCUUGGCCACUGGAAAAUUUCUGCUCGCGCCUCUUUAUUGAUCUCUUUCAUGCCAAAUGGGAGGUGCGCCAUGGAGCGGCCACCGCGUUGCGGGAGCUGAUUAACCAGCAUGCCCAUGGAGCGGGCAAGGCGGUACACCAAAGCCGGGAACAAAUGGAUGAAGCGCACAGCCGCUGGCUUGAGGAUGCUGCUCUGCGCCUGCUCUGCGUGCUGUGCCUUGAUCGAUUCGGGGACUUUGUCUCGGAUCAGGUGGUGGCACCGGUUCGCGAGACAUGCGCCCAAGUGCUGGGCACCCUGGUGAAAGAGAUCGAAGCGGCCAAGGUGCAGCGGAUCGUGGAUAUCCUGCUGAAGCUGAUCCAGCACAAGAACGAGUGGGAGGUGCGACAUGGUGGACUCCUGGGACUGAAGUAUGUGUUUGUGGUGCGCGAGGAACUACUGCCCGUCUACCUGCCGCUGUCCAUUAACAACAUCCUCAUCGGCCUCCUGGACGUUGUGGACGAUGUGGGAGCUGUGGCUGCGGCCACCCUUAUACCCGUCUCCUCCUGGCUGCCCAAGCUGCUGACUCCACCGCAAGUCUCAUCGAUCGUCAAGAUGCUAUGGGAUCUUCUCUUGGACCAGGACGAGCUCACAUCGGCGUGCAACAGCUUUAUGGGCCUGCUAGCUGCUAUUCUCUGCCUGCCAAAGGCCGCCAGUUGGGUGCAAAUGGAGCCCAUGGCCACGCUGGUGCCCCGCUUGUGGCCUUUCCUUUCGCACAGCACCAGCUCUGUGCGAAGGUCCACUCUGAAGACGCUUCUGACUCUGACCUCUGUCCACGAUCAAGUGAAAUUGGAGCCGAAGAAGGAGGUGGAGGAGAAGGAGGAGAACAAGGAUCAGGUCCAGGCGGAUCAGCAAAUGAUGAAGUUAAACUUUGGAGUCGGCGAUUGGAAGUGGGAGUUGUUGCAGCAGGCGUUACGUCAUAUAUACCAGCGUAUCCUGGUGGAGCCACAGGCGGAUAUCCAGGCCCUAGCCCGUCAGGUUUGGUCCAAUCUCAUCGAACAUGCUGAUCUAGGUGCCCUGCUUCACGCUGCCUGUCCGUACGUCUCCUCCUGGAUCUGCCUUUCCAUGCAGCCGCCCAGACUUGCUUUCGACCCGGGAGUGCUUAUCAAAGCCGGCGGAGAUCCUGGCACCUCUAGGAAACGAACGCCCCGCAUCGGUGACGACUUGGGCGGAGCCACAUUGGCCCACUCUAAUGCCACCCUCAAGUUGUACCUCGGCGGAAGCGAGGCGACACCCUUGGAAGUGCGAGAGGCGAACUUUAUGCGAGCGCGGAUCGCCUCAUCGCGGGCCCUGGGAGCCCUCUCCCACUACCUAGUGCAGCCGGCUCCGGGAGUGGUCUACACGCCGCAGACUGAGAGUCCCACGGAGUGCUAUACCAAGGUGCUGCUGGGUCAUCUCAAUGCCCACUCGGCUGUCCAGAGGAUAGUGUGCGGCCUGAUUAUUGCAUUUUGGGCACUGGAGGACGAGCCAGUGCGUCCAGGACCGCCCAAUCUCCAGGAGAAGCUGCACCAGUGUGUGAGCGAGUACGUCUACUACGACGAGGUGGCCGUCUCGCUGACCCGACUGCUCCAAGAAGCGCAGGACUUCAUAGCCACACUCAAGCAAAACAAGAUACCGAUCAAUGACUUUAACAACUCCAAAAUACUGACUCUGGAGCAGAUCGAAGCAGUAGCCACCACGUUGACCGAAAAUCUACGCAUCUAUCCCCUUAAACCCAAGAUGCUGGACAUGUUAGAGGAGCGGCGAAGGAGUCUGUAUUCAUCGUACCAGCAGACGACCACCGAGCAGAGUGCCUACCAUGUCAGUGCUCAGGCAGCGCUGGCCGGCGCAAUCUGUGCCCUGCACUGCCUGCCCGAAAAGCUGAAUCCAGUGGUCAAGCCACUGAUGGAGUCCAUCAAGCGGGAGCAGUGCCAGCAGCUGCAGCAGCUUUCGGCAGAGUUCCUGGUCCAUCUAAUGGAUCAGGUCUGUGAUAGAAAUCCUAGUCCAAACAACAAGAUCCUGGGCAACCUCUGCACCCUGCUGAGGAGCGAUGCCGAGCACACGCCCAUGCUGGUAAUGCCGCUUCAGACACUGCACCAGACGACGCCCUCGCCGGGGGUCACCAGCACCUGUGUCUACUACGGCAUCCUGACUCUGGCCCUGCAACAGGCGGUGGCAUCCACCAGUUCUCGGGGAGGGGGAGGCGGAGCAGCCACACCAACGACCACCACUCCUGGCCGUGGUCCCGGACGACCGCCUGCCGGCGAAGUUUUAGCCACAGCCAUCAUCGCCGCUUCCAGCGUUGAGUUGAAGCAAGCCCAGCAAGCCAAGGAGGCGGAGGCCAGGCAGUGUCGGAUCCAACGCUUGGGAGCCACCUGCGCCAUCGAGAAGCUGUGCAGCACCUUCGGCGAGCACAUAGUGGACAAGGUGACCGUUUUCCAGCAACUGAUGUUCAGCAAGGUGCCACAGUUUGUGCGGGAAAUGGACGAGUGGCGGCUGGCCAACACUCUGCCGGAGCUGGGAGCCUGCAACGAGCUGAUCACCUCCCUCCAGUUGAUCGAGACAGCCGCCCCGCAUCUGCAUACCGCCCUACACUCCCAGAUGUUCGACCUGCUGUCGCCGCUUGGAUACAUUGUUCGUCAUCCCCUGAAAGCGGUUCGCCACAUGGCCGCCCGGUGCGUUGCCGCGCUGGCGGAUAUCGAUGCCUGUUUGACGAUGCAGUUUGUGGUCCAGGACAUGGUGCCGCAGCUGGGGAAGAUCGAGUACUUGAUUGACCGGCAGGGAGCGAUGGAGGCCAUCGAACGUGUGGUUAGCCGCCUGCAGAUCAAAGUGGUGCCGUACAUCGUGCUGUUGGUGGUGCCCCUGCUGGGAGCCAUGAGCGAUCCGGAUGAGUCGGUGCGCCUACUGGCCACCCACUGUUUUGCCAAUCUUGUCCAGUUAAUGCCGCUGGAUGGCAAGGCGGAGCAACUGAAGAGCGAGCCGUUGCAGGCACGGAAGACGCGCGACCGCGAAUUCCUAGACUAUCUGUUCAACCCAAAGAGCAUUCCCGACUACCAGGUGCCAGUGCCGAUCAGCGUGGACCUACGCUGCUACCAGCAGGCGGGCAUCAACUGGCUGUGGUUCCUUAACAAGUACAACCUGCACGGCAUUCUCUGCGACGACAUGGGUCUGGGCAAGACCCUGCAGACCAUCUGCAUCCUGGCCGGCGAUCAUCUGCAUCGUCAAGCCACCAGGCAGGCCAACCUUCCCAGUUUGGUCAUCUGCCCGCCCACCCUCACGGGUCACUGGGUGUACGAGGUGGAGAAGUUCCUUACGCAGAACUCCGUCCUGCGCCCGCUGCACUACUUUGGAUUCCCGGUGGGCCGCGAGAAGCUGAGAAGCGAGAUCGGAACGAGCUGCAAUCUCGUGGUGGCCUCUUACGACACCGUGCGGAAGGACAUUGACUUCUUUAGCAGCAUUCACUUCAACUACUGCGUCUUGGACGAAGGUCACAUCAUCAAGAACGGCAAGACCAAGAGCUCCAAGGCCAUCAAGCUUCUGAAGGCCAACCACAGACUAAUACUCUCCGGCACGCCCAUCCAGAACAACGUUCUGGAGCUGUGGUCGCUGUUCGACUUCCUCAUGCCGGGUUUCCUAGGCACCGAGAAACAGUUUAUACAACGCUUCUCCCGCCCCAUUCUGGCCUCGCGGGACGCCAAGAGCUCGGCCAAGGAACAAGAGGCCGGAGUGCUGGCCAUGGAGGCGCUACAUCGCCAAGUUCUGCCCUUCCUGCUGCGCCGCGUCAAGGAGGAUGUGCUCAAGGACCUGCCGCCGAAAAUCACACAGGAUCUGCUCUGCGAAUUGAGUCCGCUCCAGCUGCGCCUCUACGAAGACUUUAGUAAUAAGCAUCUGAAAGACUGUUUGGACAAGCUGGGCGACUCGUCGACACCGGCGAGGGUGACGGAGAAUCUCAGCUCCCAGACGCACAUCUUCCAGGCGCUGCGCUACCUGCAGAACGUGUGCAACCACCCCAAGCUGGUGUUGCGACAGUCAGAGGAGCUCACCCAGGUGGCCGCUCAGCUGGCCCAAGGCAACAGCUCGCUGGACGACAUAGAGCACUCGGCCAAGCUGCCUGCACUCAAACAACUCCUUCUCGACUGCGGCAUCGGGGUCCAGACAGAGUCGGUCAGCCAGCACCGAGCACUCAUCUUCUGUCAGCUGAAGGCGAUGCUGGACAUUGUGGAGCACGAUCUGCUGCGAAGACACUUGCCCAGCGUCACGUACCUUAGGCUAGAUGGCAGUGUGCCCGCCUCCCAGCGCCAGGAUAUAGUCAACAACUUCAACAGCGACCCCAGCAUCGAUGUCCUGCUCCUGACCACACUGGUUGGUGGCCUGGGUCUAAAUCUAACGGGAGCCGAUACCGUUAUUUUUGUGGAGCACGACUGGAACCCCAUGAAGGACCUGCAGGCCAUGGACCGUGCCCAUCGCAUUGGCCAAAAGAAGGUGGUUAAUGUCUAUCGGCUUAUAACGCGAAACUCACUUGAGGAGAAGAUCAUGGGGCUGCAAAAGUUCAAGCUGCUCACCGCCAAUACGGUGGUGAGUGCAGAGAACGCCUCACUCCAGACCAUGGGCACCUCGCAAAUCUUUGACCUCUUCAACGGCAGCAAGGACAAUGCUGGCAAGCCGCAGGGCUCAGCUGUAUCCGGCUCCACUGGCGUCUCCAUGAACACCAUCAUCGAGAACCUGCCAGAGCUGUGGUCCGAGCAUCAGUACGAGGAGGAAUACGAUCUGGGCAACUUUGUGCAGGCACUAAAAAAGUAGAGACGACCGCUUCCCACUUCAAGACUUCCAGUAAAGAGUUCUUCUCUAGGCUACUUUAAAAAAGUUAAAAUGCAAACCGAAUAUCUUUAUUUUUCGGCAGCGCUUUGGGAUGUAAUUUUUCUUCUGUUCCUUUGUAAUCGCAAAACAGGAAAGUUUAGAGAUAAUUAAUAAAACAAAAGUCUAAAACUUAAA